AUGGCGUCGCUGCUCUCAGACCUCCUUUUCCCGGCUGUCCAGGCCAGCGGACACAUACUGCUGGUCUUCAUAGUUCGCCUGCAUGCCGCCUGGCGCGCCCUGACAGCGCUGUGCACCGCGGCGGCGGCCCGCCUGGCGGCAGCGGCGCCGCCGCUCCGCCCCAGGCUGGCUGCGGCCUUUGCGCUGCCGCCCAGGGAACACAUUGGCAGCCGGCCGCGGCCGCCUACCAUACUGGGCGUUGCGGUGGCAGAGGAGUUGGCGGAAGUCGACUGGUCGGCAGCCGGCGAAGCCCUGGGCCUGCUGCUGUCCUGGGCGCACGACCGAGGCUUCUGCCAGGUGCUUUUUUACGAGCCGACAGGCAGCCUGCAGCAGCCGCACCGCCUGCGGCAGCUAGAACUGCAGCUGCUGCAGCGGCGGCUGUGCGGCGCGGUGCGGCUGCAGGCCGGGUGGCAGGGUCGUGCAGGGGACAGCGCCGGCGCGUUGGCAGGGUCUGUGGCGCCGAGCAAUGGAGGCACGCUGACGGCCGUGCUGCUGUCAGCGGCAGACGGGCAGUGGCCGCUGCUGGCGGCAGCAGCAGCAGGCUCUCCUAGCAGUGAACCCUGUGGCAACGGAGCUGGAGCAACUGGUGACGGCAGCCUGGCCAGGACUGCGGCAAUAGAUGCCGCGAUAGCGGCGCCGGCGCGGCUGAAACGGAGGCUGCAGGUGGUCGCGGGGCCUCUGGCGGGCCUCGAACCAGAUUUCGUUCUGGUGACGGGCCCGGCGCUGUCACUGGCUGGCUUCCCUGCCUGGGCGGUGCGUGUCAGCGAGAUCUACGGCGUGGGCCCGCUGGCGGCGCUGGAUGCGGGGCGGCUGCAGGCGGCGCUGCGCCGCUUCUGCACCACCAAGCAGCGCUUCGGCAAGUGA